UUUAUUUAGGCGUCACUGGGUGUAUGGUUAUAUACCGUUCGUUAUUAGCUACAGCUGGUCUUUACCACUCGGGUUUAGCAUGGAAUUUCAUAAUAAUUUCGUGUGCCCCUUGCUAACGGAUUUAUACGAAGUAUCAAUGGUCUAUGCCUACUGGAAAAGUGGAAGACAAAAUAAUAUUUCUGCUUUUGACUUGUUUUUUCGAAAAAAUCCUUUUCGAGGCGAGUUCACUAUCUUUGCUGGUUUAAGUCAAAUUUUAAAAUUUAUGGAAACCUUUAAAGUCACCGUUGAGCACAUAAACUUUUUAAAGCAAAUAUUGCCUAAUGCAGAUCCCGAAUUUUUUAUUUGGUUUAAGGAAGAAUUGAAAUUAAAAGACGUUAUUGUUUAUGCCCCUAUAGAAGGCACUGUAGUUUUCCCACGAGAGCCGCUGCUUCGUGUAGAAGGGCCGUUGGCUGCUUGUCAGUUAUUGGAAACCGUCUUACUUAACCUGGGUUACUGCUGCGCGCUACGGGUUAACUUCCCGUCGCUUGUCUGUACCAACGCAGCGCGGUAUCGACUUCUUUGUGGGCCUAAUAAGCAGUUGCUGGAAUUUGGCUUACGACGGGCGCAGGGCCCGGACGGAGCUAUGUCGGCAUCCGUCUACUCUUUUAUGGGAGGGUUCGAUGGCACCAGCAAUGUCCUUGCGAGUUUGACCAGCGGAAUUCCUAUUUAUGGUACUCACGCUCAUGCCUUUAUUACGUCGUUUAGUGGAUUGAGCGACUUGGAACAGCACGCAGACGAGCCUCUGGGGAACAGCUCUGUUCCUUUCCGGGAGGUCUGUAUGAGGAAUAGACAAGCUCUCAGCUGUGAGUAUACUAACGAUGGGGAACUCGCGGCCUUCAUAAGUUAUGCCCUUUGCUUCCCGCAAACCUUCUUGUGUCUUGUGGACACUUAUUCCACAGAGGAAUCUGGCAUUCCUAACUUCCUGGUAGUCUCGCUGUCCUUGGUCCAGUGUGGCUUGAGGCCUGUUGGAGUACGUCUUGACAGUGGAGAUCUGGCCUAUUUAUCAAAAUUCGCAAGAACGAAAUUCAAGGAGCUCGACGAGAAGGUCGGUAUAAUUCUAGAUGACUUCAAGUUUGAGAAUCUAAAGAUUGUCGCUAGCAACGAUCUGAAUGAAACCACGUUAUCCUCCUUGGAGCUUCAAGGCCACGCUAUUGAUUGCUUCGGCAUAGGGACCAACCUUGUCACGUGCCAAUCUCAACCGGCUUUGGGGUGCGUGUACAAAAUGGUCGAGAUUGAAGGUUCCCCGCGAAUCAAAUUAAGCCAAGAAAUAGAAAAGGUCACUAUCCCUGGCAGAAAAAAAUGCUAUCGCUUGUUUGGGAAGGAAAGAGUGCCGCUGUUAGACCUGAUGGUGCACGUCUCAGAAGAUGAACCCAAGGCUGGUCAUCGUGUGCUUUGCCGGCACCCAUUUAUUGAAAAUAAACGUGCUUUCGUUUCCCCUGCUCUGGUCACUCCUCUGCACGUCUGUGUUUGGAAGGACGGCCAAGUAACCAGUGAGUCUGGUCGCGAGAGAACCCUCUAUGAGAUACGCCAGUAUGUCCAAGAGCAACUGAAAUACUUUCGGGAAGACAUCUUAAGACCAGUGAAUCCAACUCCUUAUAAAGUGUCGCUCUCCGACGAUCUGUUCACCUCCCUUCACUCCCUGUGGAUGGCCGCGUCCCCCAUCGCUGACUUGUGCUAGGGCGCCAAGGCGUUCCAGUAAUUCUUGCUUAUGAGAAUCUGAACAAAAUAAAA